AUGACACAAAAAGGUGAUAUUCCAGAGGAAAACGUUCUUGUCUCUUCAGGAGAAAUGGUACUAAUGCAUACGACGAAAACGGAAGUUAAAGGUGCAAAAAAUGACCGACACAGAGUCGUGAGAAUGCUCUUAGACUCUGGUUCUCAGAGAUCAUAUGUUUCGGAGGCUUUAGCUCGAAAUUUAAACCUAAAACAAGAAGGGAAAGAGGAAAUCAAUGUUAUGAGGUUUGGUAGUGAUAAAUCCAAAGUUGUGAAAACAAAGAUAUCUACAAUGGAACUUAAGUUAAAAACGGGUGAUUAUAUGACAAUAUCGGUGAAUAUUGUGACUGUGAUCAGUGGAAAUAUUCAAAGGCAACCCAUGAAAGGGCUAUCCGAAAAUGCCAAUCAUUUGUUGAAAUCAGUGGAUUUGGCAGAUGACAUUGCCGAAGAUAGUGAAUUGUGCCAAAUUGAUCUACUCAUCGGUAAUGAUUACUACUUGGACAUUGUGCUUAGUCAAAAACUUGAAGUUCAACCAGGAUUAUAUUUACUUAGUUCCAAAUUUGGUUGGAUGCUUACCGGACGUACACAGGAAGGUGUCCAUGACAGAAAUGACGUCAACAUGUUAAUUAUGACGUAUGGUACAAAGUUUAAUGAAAUCACCGCAUUCGUUUCCACCGAUGAUUGUUUACCGAAAGUACAAGAUUUAGAAGAUUUCUGGAAAAUCGAAUCCAUCGGAAUCAAUGAUUGUCCAACGCUUUCUAGUGACGAAAAAGCAAUGUCAGCAUUCAAAAAUACGCUUCAGUUCUCUGAUGGAGUUAUCAAGUCAAAUGGCCCUGGAAGGACGAAUCACAAGAUCUACCAAUAA